GUCUAUUUUUAAUACAAUUAAGUAUUCAAUAAAAAAAUCAUCCAUCUCUACGUUACAUCUUGAUAUUAUAAGGAGCGAACGUGUAAAAAUUCUAUAAAAAAAUGAUUUAAUUUUAUUGCGGAAAUAUAUAAGCGAUUUGGUCAACGUCACGUGGGUAUGAAUUGAACCAAAUUGAUCCUAUGACGGAAAGCGAUUUUGUAUGGCGUUUUUUCAAUCGAAGUGUCCCUGGAAACUUUCGAAUAUUGAGACCGCAUUCGAAACGAAGGGAAUUUAAUGGCGGUUGAAGAGCCCCCACCCUGACCUCGUAUGCAGAGACAGCCAAGGUGUCAACAGGCGAGGCUGAACAGAGUUUACACGAUAAUUCUUGUCUGUUUGUAUUUGCACAUUUAUUUUACUGCUUAUCGGUUUGUCAUAACAAUAUCUGAGUCACGAUAAUCGGGAUACAUAUUUUGAAAAUAACUGGCGUUCAGAGAAUGCAACUAUUCAAAGUAUAGCACGGUGCAGAUUUUUCUGACGUAUAUGACUCUUUAUAUGAGCUUUUUACAACCGACUUACUUAAAAAACAGACCAAUGAACGUGGAUGAUGAGUUUUACUUUAUCAAGCAGCAGUGAGGCGAAUAUACUGUAAUGGGGUGGGUCUUGUCCACCACGCUAUGGAUUACAAUAUGGAGUUGCCUGUUGCGGGGCUUCGAAUUAGCUCCACAGACAUCUCCAAAACAAAUUCCAUGUGAUAAAACUAGGAAAGUUUUUACUGAUUCUUGGGGGAUCAUUAGUGAUGGACCUUUGGGCUCAAAUUAUACUCAAGAUUCGCAUUGUGAAUGGCUUAUAAAAGCAAAUAACAGUCGCCAGUUUAUCACUUUAAGUUUUCGUACCAUGGGAACAGAAUGUAGUUAUGAUUAUGUUUUUGUUUAUGAUGGAGAUUCUUUUCGAUCUCCACUCCUAGGUAGUUUCAGUGGAAAAACAGAACCACAACAAGUGACAUCAUCAUCUGGUUAUAUGUUAAUACUCUUAUACAGUGAUACAAAUUAUGUUUUGGAUGGCUUCCAUGCAGAAUUUUCAGUUACAAAUUGUUCAAAUAAUUGUACAAAUCAUGGGAAAUGUAUUGAUAAUACUUGCUUUUGUGAAAAUGAUUGGGGUGGCAGAGAUUGCUCCAGAGCUCUUUGUCCAAAUAAUUGUAGUUAUAAUGGAGAGUGUGGUUUAAAACGAUGUGACUGUCAAAAUGGAUACUCAGGACAAUCUUGUUCAUUACACAGAACUCAUCCUGAGGGCAACAAAUGGCACUGGCUUUCUCAUUCAGAAGGUGGAUUAAGACCACGAGCAGCACAUACUGCAAUUUAUAUAAAAGAAACUGAUUCUCUUUAUGUGUUUGGUGGCUAUGAUUUGAAUUAUAUACUCAGUAAUUUGGAAGUGUAUCGAUUUAGCGCAAGUCAAUGGGAAGACGAGUAUGGUAAUGAACUAGAAGGCAUCUCAUCUGCAGAAUAUUUGGAUCCUAUGCUUCUUGCUACUGAAUUAAAACGGACAGAUACAGAUGAAAAAGAAUUAUAUGGUCUUCGUAAAUCGUCCCUUAUGUGGAAAGUACUUUCUAGCAUUAAAGACAAUAAUACUUUUAGUUCACGUAAUCUUGGAAAUGCAGAAAAUGGACAUGACUGGUCAAAAUUUAGAAGUGCAGACCAUAAAAAUCGCGAAGAAAAAAUUCAUGAAGGCAGAAAUAGUGAAACAAGUAAAAGUACAGUUAGGAUAGAAAGAAAUGAUGACCUUAGGAGAAAACAUUCUAGACGUCCUAGACCUCGAUAUGCGCAAACUACAAGACAUCGUAGAAAUCUUGAGAACCUAAAUCCCUAUCAAAAAUUUCAUAUAAAAAGUGGUGUAUUAAAUUGGGAAGAACAAAGUGCAGAAGAUUCUAUUAGAGACAACAUUUAUGCCCAAGAAUCUAAGGCAAAAAAUGAGUCUACUAAAUCACCAAUUGAUAAAUUACCCACACCAAGCCCGCGAUAUGGUCACGCAGCUUGUAGAUAUGACGGUGGUUUUGUUAUAUAUGGGGGGAAAGUACAAGAUGGUUCUUUAUCUAAUGAACUGUGGCAUUACAAUGUUAACACACGCACCUGGACAUUACGAGCAAAAGAUUCUCCAUUUUAUCCACCGCAAUUAACAAGGCAUACUCUUACUUUAGCAAAUAAUUAUAUUUAUCUUUUUGGUGGUAGUACAGUUGAUGGUGAAUUUUCGUCGAGUUUGUAUAAGAUUGAAUUGAAUUUAUCUGAUCCCACAGCAACCACGGAAAGAUGGAAAGAAGUACACCCCCGAGGUGGUAAAGAAUUAGAUGUACGUGUAGUUGCACAUUCCACUGUGUAUCAUCAUGCUACUAAUUCUUUAUUAGUUUAUGGAGGAGUAGUAGCCAGUGUAGCACGAUUCAGUAAAUUAUCAGAUAGAAUGUUUGUAUUUCAACUUGACAGAAAAGUUUGGUCUGAAAUUCAUUAUCCGAGAGCACACUUGAGAGAUACUUAUGUUCCAAGAGAACGGGCAUUUCAUACUUGUAAUAUUAUAGGGAAUUAUCUAGUUGUAUUUGGCGGAUAUUCUCAUAGACACAAUAAAGAAGAAAUUUGUUAUGAUAAUCAGAUGUAUCUUUAUCACUUAGGCUGUCAUGCUUGGGUAAGCCAUGAUGUACUAGGUUUAAAUGACAAAGAUUCUCGUUAUCCAAAACAACAGGGAGUAUUUGCACAUGCAGCAGAUGUGCGGAAUGGAAAUACAUUGCUAUUAGUCGGUGGUUAUCAUGGAAACGUAAAUGCAGAUUUGCUUGCAUAUACAUUACCGCCAAUGCUUGCACCAGGAGAUUACGAUAAUAUAGAACCUGAGCAAAUUUGUUCAAGGCAUAAAAGUUUGAUGGAAUGCACAGCUAAUCCAGAAUGUGGUUGGUGCUCAGCAGACGAGAUAUGUUAUGGCAGAACUAUUGGUAGUAACUGUACAACAAAUCUUCAAACAACGCGUUGUCUAGGCGUUUGUCCUGCACUUGGAGAUUGUCAUUCUUGUUUAAUACAUGGCCAACCUGGUGGAGGAUGGGGUACAACUGCACGUGGAAAAAAAUCUGUGUCGAAUAAGCUAAAUCGCGGAACUUGUACGUGGUGUGUUCAGAACGCACGUUGUCAUCAUAAAGAUGAUAAUUAUGGUGUUUGUGGUCUUCGAGACGAUACACCGUCACAAAUACCUGGAUGGUGGGGUCCGAAAGGCACAGAAAUUAUGAAAGUUGAAGAAUGUCGAGAAAUGGAUAAAAGGCCUGGAUUGACAUUUUUAAAAUAUAAACCUCCAGUAAACUUUAGUCAGCCUGACUCUGUAACAAUAGUUAAUGCCACUACGGUAGAUUUUAAUGUUCCAUCUAUGCAAGGAGCAAAAACAGAAUCAGCACUUGGAGGAGAAAUGAUUGCUAGAUUAAUUGGCUUUCUCAGACCACCUCAAUCUUUUUGGGAUAGCACAGUGGAGCAUUUGAAAAUUUGUGUCAGUUAUAAUAGUGCAACUUUACAUGUAUCAAGAAGCGAUGAUCCUCAGGAAUUGGAAUUAGUUGCAAAUUUAACUGCCGAGACAUCGCAAUGUAUUCCAACAAAAUGGCCAGAUGGACAUCAAAUGAUGUUGUUGCCAGGAAGAUAUUUAUUAGAUUUCGAAUCGAAAAGAAUGGUUACUACAAGUUACGCAUAUGCUAGUAAAAUGGAAAUUACUCACAACAAAAAAACAGAGAAUCCAAAAGUAUUUACAUUUGAAUAUCUCGAGCCAUUUCAAAACGGUUCUUGUCAUCAAUAUAAAAAUUGCCUUCACUGUUUAACUGAUUCUUCGUGCGGCUGGUGUGAUAUCAUCAAUAAAUGUCUCUCACGUUCAAUUAACGAAACAGAAAGUUGUGUAGCUGAUGUAGAGUGGGACGAAGAUGGGAAUCCUAUUCGCGAGUGGCAUUAUUUAACUAUCACUCCUUCAGCUUGUGCUAAUUGUUCUAAUUAUAUUUCAUGUGAAUCUUGUGUUGGUAGUAAUUUAUGUGAAUGGUGGACAGAGGAAGCUCGUUGUGCAAGAAUAGGUAGACUGCCUAAUGCAGUUAUUAGUUUUGAUCAAUGUCCAAUUCCUUGUAGACAACGUUCAAAUUGUACACAAUGUUUAGAUGAGCGCGGAAGAUGCGUCUGGUGUGAGGCCACGCAGGAAUGUUUUUCUUUUUCGGUAUAUACAUCUGAAUAUCAAUUUGGUUUGUGUCGAGAAUGGAUGGAUCAAGCUGGUUUAAUGGGAGUAACGUCAAGGUCUGGAUCAUCUUUAACAGGCAAUGAUCAAUGCAAAAGCUGUAGUCGGCACACAAACUGUUCGAACUGUUUACACUCAUUAAGUUGUGGGUGGUGUUACAGUUUAGAAAACCCUAUUAUAGGAGCAUGUGUACAAGGAGAUUUUAAUCAGCCGCACGUCAAUUGUAGUUUAGUCAUCAAUGAAUAUCAAAAUACUACUUUAGAAACAGAUGAAUCAGGUUGGGCAUACGCUCAAUGUCCAGACGUUGACGAAUGUGAUUUGGGUUUGCAUGAUUGUCAUCCCAAUGCAGUAUGCACAAAUACUCAUGGUAGUUUUAGCUGUCAGUGUAAAAGAGGUUUCAAUGGAGAUGGCAAAGAAAACUGUACUAAGACUUGUUAUGAGAAAUGUGUAAAUGGUUACUGUAGUGAAGCACCUGACUAUAAAUGUGAAUGUAACCUUGGCUGGACAGGGCCAGAUUGUAGAACAAAUUGUGGUUGCUAUAAUCAUUCCACUUGCUUACAAGGACCAGGCAUUUGUGAUAAGUGUCAAGAUUGGACUAAUGGUACAUAUUGUGAAAAAUGUAAAGCAGGCAGUUAUGGUAAUGCUACGACACCUCUUGGAUGCAGAAAGUGUAAUUGCAAUGAACAUGGAGACAAAGAUUUAGGCAUCUGUGAUCGGCAAACUGGUGUAUGCUUCUGCCGUGAUAAUACACAAGGAGAUAUGUGUCAACGUUGUAAAAAAGGCUAUUAUGGUGAUCCAAGAGAUGGCGGAAUGUGUUACUAUGGUUGUAUGUCUCGAGGUAUGCUUGGAGGAGAAGGAAACGGCAAACAAGGUCUUGGCAGCAGACACUCACAGUUAUCAUUAUGGGAAAGUCACCUUGGAGAUUCUCCAACAAGAGAGUGUCUUUGGAUAGUAAGUCCAAAAACAGAUCUUUCAUCAGACAACAUGCUCUCAGGAACUCAAAGUGUCAUACAAUUUACUAUACAUGAUGAUAUUAAUGUUAGUUGCCAAGAAAAUAGUGUUUAUGUAUAUGAUGGACUUCCUCAAUUUGUUUCAUCAUCGACUAGUCAUCAGAGUCAACUUUUAGGUGUUUACUGUACAGAAAGUACAGAUUAUCCUGUUACUGUAGAAGCUAAGUCUGGAUUUCUUACUGUUCAUUAUAAACAAUUGGACGAAGUAGAAGGUUUCAAUGCAAGUUAUUUGAUAAUGACAUGUAAUGACUGCCCUGGAAAUCGAGAAUGCCGUAAUGGUAAUUGUUUAUGUAAAGCUGGUUUUGUAGGAAUCAGCUGUGAUAUCGAAAUAUGCCCUAAUAAUUGCACUUCAUCUAAGAAACAAGGAAUUUGCGAUAAAGGUUACGGGCGUUGCGUUUGUACACCUGGUUAUGGAGGACGUGAUUGCUCAGUUAAGAUUAAAGAACAUCAGUUAAUUUUUACUGAGCUAUUUAACUCCGAAUACUUAGCCGAUCAUUUAGACCACCUGAGAAAAACUUUACCGCGAUUUGGUCAUACGUUGGUUGCUGACAGAAGGGGUAGUUUAUGGAUGUUUGGGGGAUACUCUCUUAGUCAUGGUCCUUUAAAUGAUAUUAGACUUUUUGAUACUAAAAAUAAUACAUGGAUGCCUAUUACAGUAGAAUCUACUUCAGAGGCAACAAUGCCUCAAGGUAGAUAUUUCCAUGCAACUGAAAUAGUCCAUAGUAGGCAACAAAUAUAUGUCUAUGGUGGUUUGUCAAUGAAACAAGAAGAUAUUCAAGGAUUAUCGAAUAACACUUUAAGCGACUUUUGGAAAUUUAGUUUGCAAAAUCAGAGGUGGAUGCAAAUUAUACAGGAUGAAUUUAAGAGAGAACCACCACUUUUGGCGGGACAUACAUUAACUUUGCGUAGAAAUGGAGAAUCAGAAAGUCUAAUAUUAAUUGGAGGAUUUAGUCCUAAGUAUGGUUACCUCGAUACAGUAUGGGAAUUUAAUUUAGAAACCGAAGCUUGGGAUACAAUAAAUACAAUUGGAAAUGGACCAUUAGGAGUAUAUGGUCAUUCAACUGUAUACCAUAGCAAGUCAGAUAGUUUUUACAUUUUUGGUGGAUACACUUAUGCGAUAAAUCGAACAUUUAUUUCUAAUAAAUUAUAUGCAUUGAAUUAUAAAACUCGCACGUGGUCUGUACUUCCACCAUUUGAUGAUGAUCUUACUGAUGGAAGUAGUUUGCCACAAGCUAGAUUUCUUCAUUCUGCUGUCACUACUGAUGAAUAUAUGGUAAUAUUUGGUGGUCGUCAAAAUCCACAUAAUACUUCUGAUUCAUUAAUUGCUUAUAAAUAUUCAUGUAAUUUAUGGAUUCGUUUAAUAACAAAAGACAUGGAAGUUAUUGGAAGUCCACCACCACCAGCAUAUGCUCAUGCAAUGACUCAUGCUGAUCCAGAAUCUAAUGCUGUAUAUGUAGUUGGUGGUUUUGAUGGUGGAAUUAAAAGUCAUGUCACACUUAUAAGCAUACCAGAAGAUCUGUGUAAUCUUUGGACAGACAAAAUCACUUGCAGAAAAUAUUUUGGAUGUUCCUUUUGUUCUGUUAUCACAAUUAGUGGAAAAAAUGCUUCAUUUUGUUUCUCUAAUGAAGUAUCAAUUAAUAAAGAUGACAGAUGUGAUAUUAACGUUACACAAGCUCAACGAUCAAAUGGAAUUUUUUGUAAUUCAGAAUGGAUGGUCAGUAGAAAAUGUCAAAAUUUUAAAACUUGCACAGAAUGUUUAGCAGAAUGGCCAUAUUAUCAAAAUGACGAGCCAGUAUGCAAAUGGUGUACAAACUGUCCAAAUGGAAAGUGCAUACCGUCCGAAAAAGAUUGCGAUGAAUUAAAUAAAUGCAAUAUUAGACAAAUAUCGGUAACAGAUGUAAAUCAAUGUGGAGAGCGACAAUGUCCAGCAAGUGACUGUGAGAAAUGUAAUAGCCUUGAAGGUUGCGUGUGGACAAGACAGGUCUUAAAAACAUCGGAAUUAGGACUUGCAGUAACAGGAGAACCCGUAUACGAUUGGAAUUGUGUACCAGAUGACAUUUUUGAACGAUCAAGUAUUAAAAUGGGAAGUACGCAAUGUGAAAAACGAUGCGCUGAUCAUAAAGACUGUAGAAGUUGUCUAAAAGGCACGGGGGCCGAAGGUGGUUGGCGGGAAUGUAGAUGGUCGACGCAGCUUAAUGAAUGUAUUUCUCCGUCAUAUCAACCUCUAUAUUGUGCUGGCGGUGUAUGUGGACUAGUAUUACGUAGUUCCGAUAUGGAUCAUUGUCCUGAACCAUGUUCAGUUUUUAAACAAUGCAGUACAUGUUUGAAACACUCGCAUUGUGGGUGGUGUUCCCUGGAUUCAGCCAAUAUAACUGGACAAGGAAUAUGUACAGAAGGCUCUCUUGAAGCACCAGCAGACCAUCCAGCUGGUGGAACAUGUGGAAUGUUAUACGAUCAACAAUUUCCUCAAACUGAACCACAGUCUUUGGGAAUCCUAGAUAAUGUUACAAUGCUAAUCCCGAAUGUAAUAUCAAAACCAGUAUUUUCUUGGCACUAUGUAAGAUGUCCACCAGAAAAUGAAUGUACGAACGGACACCAUACGUGCUCUCCAAAAAGUGAAAAAUGUUUCGACUUAGAGGAAGGGUUCGAAUGCAUGUGUGGCGACGGAUAUAAAACUGAAACCCCAUCAUCAUUUAAUGAAUUUGGGAGAAAAAUUUGUGUCCCGAUGUGUACGCAAGGUUGCGUUAGAGGAACGUGUAUAGAACCAAAUGUUUGUCGUUGUGACUUUGGUUAUGUAGGUGCCAAUUGUUCAAUUCAGUGCCAGUGUAAUGGUCAUAGCAAUUGCGCCGGCCCAGAUAGAUUAGAUGUUUGCUUAGAGUGCCAUAAUAACACUAUGGGACCACAAUGUGACAAAUGUUUGCCUUUGUUUGUUGGAAAUCCAGCGGACAAUGGACAAUGUGUUCCAUGUCUUGAGUAUUGCAAUGGGCAUACUCGAAUAUGUAUUAAUGAAAGCAUGACUGUACCGGAUCCAAAUUCAAUUGAUAAGAUGUCUAUAGAAUUAUUAAAAAAGCAAUUAGUUGAAGGCCCUGUAGCUAAAGCAAAAUGCGUAAAUUGUGGAAAUAAUACGAAAGGUGACAAAUGUGGAGAAUGUAUGACUGGUUAUUUCAGAGGAACAGAAGAUCUUCGGGACGUAUGUCGACCUUGUGAAUGUCAUGGACACGGAUUCACUUGUGAUCCUGUAACUGGAGAAAAGUGUAAUUGUGGUAAUAAUACAGAAAGUGAUCCAACUUGUACCAGUGGACCUAUGAAGGGUACAAACACUGGUGGCUCACCAUGCUGGAUGGUGCAAUGCAGUAAAUGUAAAGAAAAUUAUGCUGGUACACCAACUAUGGGUCAUCAGUGUUAUAAAACUGUAACAGUUGACAACAAGAUGUGUUUUGAUUCUAAAUUAAUAGGAGGAUCUUAUGAUGAAUGUAAAAUGAAACCCAAACCAUUGAAUCCCGGUCAAACGGUAUUUUAUAUGGUACAACCACGUUUUAUGAAUGUCGAUAUUAGAGUCAUGGUGGAUGUAACUCAAGGGGCUUUAGACCUAUUUCUUAGUCCUCGGGAUGAUUCUUUCGUUGUUACAUUAAAUUCAUCAACUGGAUAUCAAGAUGUCGAAUUGGAUAGCAGAUUUAUAUGGCGUAAGGAUCCACAUAAUACAUGGUUAGAUAAACAAACUCGUAGCCAAAUGAAAAUUGUCGAAUUCCAUCCUCAUAAUACGUUUUCAUUUGCUAUGAACGGCACUACUACCGAACCAACUUGGAAUAUCGGUCCUCAGUACAUUGUGAUGGAACGCUAUGCAAACGGUUUGGCUACGUUUUUAACAAUCGAGAAUAGAAACACGUUCUUGGUUGUUAGAAACCUUACGAAUCGGUUGGUCUUAACAUUGCCACAGGACAAACAUGAACUUCACGAAACGAAAUUUCAUAUUGCAUUAAGGGCAAUUGAUCCUGUACAUCCGGAAAUCAGUGGUCGAGCUGCUUACGGGAUGAUCUUCUUUCGACAGGAUCAACUUCACAUCGAUUUGUUCGUCUUUUUUUCUGUGUUUUUCUCUUGUUUUUUCUUAUUUUUAGCUGGUUGCGUAGUCGCGUGGAAAGCGAAACAGGCGGCGGAUGUUCGAAGAGCGCGGAGAAGGCAUGUUGUCGAGAUGUUGCAUAUGGCUAAAAGACCAUUCGCAUCGGCUACCAUCAUUUAUGACCGAGAUGGUAACGAUUGUAAUGCAAGUUCGCCUCAACGGAAAAGCAGACGUAAUAAAUUAGUUAGCUUUCACAGUGACGUUAGACCGGUAGCAGUUGAGCCUACUGACGAUGGAGUAGCUGCUGUAGCUACUGUUUUCAUUAGAUUGCCUGGUGGUCGACAAGCUCCUGUUGAAUUAGCUCUUGGCAGCUCAUUAAUACUGUUAACUAGAGUUUAUCCAGUUAACAGUAGAGUGUUCCUAAGACGUAGAAACAGUCACGCGUUGAACUGA